UUUUUCCCAGGCCCACCAGUCACUGAGCACAACAGAGCACAACUCUACCCAUCAUGGCGAAGCGCAAACCUGAGGAGUCGCUAGAGAGCGUUGCCGCCGAAACCUCUCCGCUGAGCAAAAAGGUGCGCGUUGAACAUGUCCCGGACGAAGAUCUACGGAGCGCAAGUGUUGUUUCCACGAAUGGCACCCAUCACAACGCCGCUACGCCUGAUGCCCCAGGCGAAUUUCGGGACGGCAACGGUGAACAUGAAGAGGAGGAAGCGGAAUCAGAUGUCGAGGAUGACAGGUUUCCCGUUGCGCCGUUGCGGCAGAGCGCUCCUACCGAAGGGUAUAGCGACCUUUACCUUGACACGAUAAAUCGAUCAUUACUCGACUUCGACUUUGAGAAGUUAUGCUCGGUCACACUGUCAAAUAUCAACGUCUACGCAUGCUUAGUGUGCGGUAAAUAUUUUCAGGGAAGAGGUCCAAGAUCGCACGCAUAUUUCCACGCGCUUGAGGUCGAUCACCAUGUCUACAUCAACAUGGAAACGAAGAAGGUCUAUGUACUCCCCGAGGGGUAUGAAGUACAUAACAAGAGCCUGGAUGAUAUCAAAUAUGUGGUAGAUCCCAAGUUUACUGAAGAGGAAGUACGGAAACUGGAUAAGGAGCCGCGGAUAUCGAUAGACCUGUCGAACAAGAGAUAUCGGCCUGGUUUUGUCGGAAUGAACAACAUCAAAGCCAACGACUAUCUCAAUGUGGUCGUGCAAACGUUGGCGCAUGUGUCGCCUGUGAGAAAUUUCUUCCUUCUCAACCAGUUCUCGCAAACCACGCCUCAGCUGCCCGUCAGGUUCAGUACACUGGUACGGAAAAUAUGGAAUUCGAAAGCAUUUCGAAAUCACGUUUCACCACAUGAGCUUUUGCAAGAGAUUGCAUUACGUUCGUCCAAAAAGUACUCUUUGACACAGCAGUCGGAUCCGGUGGAGUUCCUGUCUUGGUUCCUCAACAAUCUACACCUAACGCUUGGGGGUUCGAAGACGAAGUCCCUGUCGUCGAUAAUUCAGAGGACGUUUCAAGGAAAGCUGCGAGUCGAAUCGCAGGCAAUCACCGCCAAAUCUGACGCCACUGGCGACCGACUCAGGUUCCAAGAAUCGUCCAACAUUGCAACAAACGUCACGCCUUACUUGAUUCUCACCCUUGACCUACCACCGGUGCCACUAUUCCGUGACGCUGUCGAGUCCAAGAACAUCAUCCCACAGGUCCCACUUGGCACUUUGCUGCAGAAGUACAACGGCAUUACUGCUUCUGAGAGGCAAGCCCACCGUGUCCGUCAUCGACUACUACAUCCGCUACCUCAAUACCUCUUGUUCCACAUUAAGAGGUUCAGCGUCAACAAGUUUGUGUCGGAAAGAAAUCCGACUAUCGUAACGUUUGGCUCAGGCCGCGGACUGGACAUGUCGCCUUACGUAGAGCCAAACCCAGCUCUUCACCCACCAGGUGAACCCAUCAUGUAUGAAAUGGUGGCGAACAUCAUCCUGGACACCACGUCUGUGGCGACAGGUGGCGGUGAAGACUCUAAUGCUGCUGAUGCAGCAAAUAAAGCUGUAGGUGCCGACGCCCAGAAGGUAGCAUGGAAGGUGCAACUCCGGGACAAAGCUGUUUCGAAUUCAAAACGAACUGAUCUGCCGGAGUGGAUGGAGAUCCAAGAUCUUUGGGUCGAACGAGCGGAAGCCGAAACGCUGUUCACCAGGGAAGGUUAUCUGAUGGUCUGGGAGCGACGAAAAGCAAAGCCUCAAUCCAAUGGAGUUGAGAAAGGCAAAGGCAAAGCAUAGUGUAGAUCUAGCAGCAAUGCAGUGUAUCGUCACGUUCAGUGUUGUGGUUCUGUGUCGUAGUUUUUCCGACCAUCGCCAUGUGUGGUGUUGAUGCCGGAGAUGUCCCCAAUCUGUGGACAUUGCCGGCGUUCAGCGAUCUAUUCGACCACAUCAAAUAGC